GUUGAAGCUGUUUCUUGUAUUUAAGGCACGGCGUUAUUUAUUGUGCUGCCGACAGCGCUCGGCCAUCAACCUUUCGCCCACUCACACGUCGAGUCAUUUAGUCUCGAUCGCCCAGAAACCGCUUUUUAUGGCAUAUUGAGCACCACUACUGAGUUCCGCCACUAGCUUUGCGCAGUCGGAGAGCCAUGGCGAGGCAUCCCUCGCUGGCAGCCGCGGUCGCGCUGCUUCUGCUGGCGGUAUGUGUGGGGCCAGCCCUGGCACAGAGAAAGAAGUCACCGCCGCCCUCGCCUUUGAGCCUGGGCAUUUGCAGACGGGGCAAGUGCCCGCCGCCCCCGACGGAGGGCGGUUCGGAGGACCCGGUGGCGUCGCCCCCGCCCCCCGCUGGAGGCAAGAAGAAGAAACCGCCGCCCCCCGGCAACAGCCUGGGGCUGUGCCGCCGCGGCAAGUGCCCACCGCCCCCUGCGGAGGGCGGCGAGCCGCAGACGGCAUCGCCGCCACCUCCAGCGGAGAAGGCUUCCCCGCCGCCCCCGGUUGGCGCAGGACUCGGGCUGUGCCGUCGUGGCAAGUGCCCUCCUCCGCCUGUAGGCGAGGUGGACGCCUCUCCGCCGCCCCCUACAUCAAGCACCCUACAGCCCCCUUCACCCCCACCGCCACCCGCGUCGACCUCGCCGCCCCCCUCGCCCCCUCCCCCGUCGCCCCCGCCGCCGUCUCCUCCGCCGCCUGGUCCGCCUCCCCCCUCACCGCCACCACCCAACCCGCCCCCGCCUGAUCCGCCGCCGCCGUCUCCGCCGCCCCCAAACCCGCCGCCCCCGGACGCCCGGCCCUCCCCCCCUCCUUCUCCGCCCGCGCCGCCGCCCUCGCCCCCGUACAUCUCUCCCCAGCCCCCUCCGCCGCCGCCUCCACCGCCUCGGCCCCCCAGGCCAAUUGCGAGCACGGGGUCAUUUGCCCAGUUCACGAUGGGCAACUAUACAUAUGAAUUCCUGCAGAAGCGACUGAAUUUUCCUGACGCCGGAUCCAUGGAGCCCGACCCCAGCACGCCCAGCACCGGCACGAAACCCAAGGGCAACCCCAAGCCUCCCCGAGGCCGUGGCGAAAUCAAACGUAGCGCUUUCACCAUAGCAAGAGCCCGGGCGCUAGGACACUCCAAGGCUGAGGCGCACUGCAACAGCCGCGGCGGCAACCUUGUGUCUCUCACCAGCUUCGAGGAGAACUCGGCGGUCAUCGCUAAGAUUGCCGAGCUGGGGCUGUACAACAAAAUGAUGGAUCCAGGCAGCACCGCGAAUCUGGAUCUGUGGAUCGGGCUGCGCACCAAUCUAAUCGCCAACACAUUCUGGACGGACGGCAGCGGGCUGACGUACCUGCCCUCGCUGUUCUUGGGCGGCAUUGACACGUACCAGGACGGCCUCUGCUACACAAUGAGCUGCCGCGCCGACAACAGCUGCAAAUGGAGCGCCGUGCUGCCGCCGGCGGAGGGCUGCGUCAACGUUACUCGCGGCAACUUCAUCUGCAAAUACGACACGAGCCUGGUCAAGCUGACUUGGCAGGACUCGGCCUUCAACUCCUCCUACGCCCUCUUCAAGCCAGCCCCUCCCGGCCAGCCCUACUUUUACUCCAACUACUUGUGCACAAAGAUCAAUGGCCGGCUGGUCACACCCAACAACGAAGCCGAGUUCCGCAUGCUCGUCAACAAGGUGUACGACGUCUACACUACCAACACCACCUUUUCGCCUGGCGAGCUGGACAGCAUCGGCAACCUGCGCUUGUGGAUUGGCCUGUACUUCCAGACGUCCCUGUCCGACUCCUUCUGGCAGGACGGCACACGCGCCGACGAGAACCCGCUCGCCUUCAAGGUGUCCCUGCAGCUGCCGCAGACCUGCUACGCCAUGCAUUGCAGGACCGGCUACUGCGACUGGCAGCCAAUCUGGUGCGGGACCUCCUUGCCCGGCUUCAUUUGUGAGGUCCGCGGAGCUUACCCCUGAAGACCCAAUAAACACGUGCACCUGAUGAGCAUGCGCCAGCUAGUCAAGCUUGUUACAUCUUUUGGUGCAAAGCACGCAAGCAGGUGGGACUGUGGGAGUCAAGCGUACCGUGUGACGUGCGCAUUAUUUGGUAAUGAAGUUUUGCAAGCAAAUGUUAUGGAUACGAUCUCAAUAGCCCAGCGUGGAUCAAGAAAGGGUGUUGCGUCUGUCGGAGGCGUACUGGCCCUAGUACGUGCCGACUAAGGGCGUUCCCGCUUGGUCCACAUGGCAGAUCUGGAAAUGGGUGACUCGGGUGACUCGGUAGGAUGUGACCGCUUUGCGCCGAACUUGCACAACAAUGUAAACUGCGGCUUCA